GUUCUUUUACUCCUUUUAGCGCAUUUAGAUUCAUCAUUUUGCGAAUACAUAUGUAGUAGUACUAUAUAUGAGUAUAUGUGGAAUAAGGAUUGGAAGGCGUGGCGUGUUCGAAUCUGGUAUAGCCAGCAAUGAACACUACGAACUUCCGUGUUUUGCUUUCCUUGUACCUGAUUUUUCGUCUGUUUUUCUUGUUCUUAUUGAAAAUGUUGCCUUUGAACUUGUUCAUCAUUAAGUUGUCUUCUUCUUUUUUGCGGUUUGGAAGUGUACACUUUCUAAGAUAUAUACGGGAGAACCGUAAGCGUGGUAUACCUGAGACUAUUAUUUCUCAUUUGGAGGGCUACAAAUGACCAAACAAAUAAGAGUAUGAAAGCUCAAAAAUUACCAGUAAAUGAGACUUUCAUCGGAGGCGCUACCUGCAGCUGAGAUGAACCACAUACGAGCAACUAGCAAUGGGAAAGUGGUGUCAUCCCAUGACAUGACCAAUCACAGCAGCAACAACAACAAUAAUAAUGCUAACUUUAACAAUGGAAGUCAUAGCAACCACAAUAAUCACUCAGCAUCAACUGACACCGAUAACAACGAGUGCACAGUGCGGGAGCAGGAUCGUUUUAUGCCUAUCGCCAAUGUCAUACGCAUCAUGCGCAAGAUUCUUCCACCCCAUGCAAAAAUAUCUGAUGAUGCUAAGGAAACAAUCCAGGAGUGUGUGUCAGAGUACAUAAGCUUUAUAACAGGGGAAGCAAACGAGAGGUGCCAGAGGGAGCAACGUAAGACCAUAACCGCAGAAGAUGUGCUAUGGGCCAUGAGCAAGCUGGGCUUCGACGACUACAUUGAGCCACUAACACUUUACUUGCACCGCUACAGGGAGCUGGAGGGGGAACGUGGUUCCAUCCGCACUUGUGAGCCACUCCUUAAACUGAGUAGGGCAGCCAUGGAUCAGUAUGCAGCUUAUGGACCAGUCUUUCACAUUGGACCACCGCCGCCUCAUCCUCAUCAUCCAGGCUAUUAUGGAGGGCCAGGGCCGUCAUCUGUGAAUGGAUACUUGAAAGAAGCUUCUGCUGCUGGUGUGUCUGAUACAGUUACAGUUGGGCCUCCGCAACCUCCUACUGCUGCUGCUACUGUCGCUGCUGGAGGGCCGGCUGCUAAUUCUGUUACCAGUUUCGAGCCAUAUGGUCACCACAACUAACCACUUUAAUUCCGGUGUCUUGCUGUGAGUUGCAGUACUGCUAACAUAUGGACAGGAAGUAACUAUUUUUCCUUUUGAUUUCUAGCGAUUUCCCUUUAAUUUCUUCCUUCAUCUCCCUCCCAUUGCUAAUUUGCUAAUGUUUAUUUAGUGGUAGAGGGAGAAGGAUUAGAGGAUGUUAACUGUCAAGGGUGAACAAGUUAGCCGAGUACUGUUUAGAGAUGACUGAUUUUUCACGUUUUAUUGUUUGCUAAUUCUUAUUGCUAGCUAGGACAUAUAAAAAAUUAAAAAUUAUAGCCCCCAGCGAGGAUCGAACUCGCGACCUCUCGCUUACGAAGCGAACGCACUACCACUAUGCUAUGGAGGCAAUGGUAAUAUUUAGGGUUCUUUUAUUAACAG